CAGGCGCCACCGCGCGCGUGAGCCGCGACGUUCCGUUUGUGGCUGCCAUGACGACGGCGGGCCGCAGAGUUCCGGUCUCAAGUUUGGACGAAGUUUGGUGACAUUUUCAGAGGAACCGAAUGAUGCCGCGCGCGAACCCAGGUGGAACGCCACCCUUAGCGGGGGCGCCCUUCUCCGUGCCGUUCAGCUGGGAGGCAGCAGAGCAGCAGGGCUGCGAGUUCAGACUGCGGCUGCGCAGAGACGUGCACAGGAGAGCGCACGCGGCACUUGAGGAGCACGAGGCCAAACUCCACGAGCGUCGGCGCAGGCUCCAGCAGCUCCUGCAGGCCGAGGAGCUGCUGCUCCUUCAGGAGGUUGAGGAGCAGAAGGAGACCAUGGUGGAGAAACAGGCCCGAAUGCGGGAGAGAGCGAAGGAGCUGAAGGAGAGACGGGAGGAGGAGAGGAGGGAGGAGGUGGAGAAGAAGAUGGAGCAGCUCUUCAGGGAGCAGUGUGAGGAGCUUCGCUGCAUCCAGAGCCGGCGCCGGCAGCAGCUGGUGUGUCGGGAACGGGAGGCGCAGGUGAGGAGCAGACAGGAGCAGCAGCAGUUGCAACAGCAAGAGGAGCAGCUCUUCCACAAGCUGUGGGAGGCUGACCACAGAGCCAAGGAGGAGCGGGAGAGCACACGCCACCAGGAGCGCCAGAGGAAAAACCUGGAGCAGCUGAACGUCCUGAGGAGUCAGACAGAGGAGGCUGAGAGGAGGAGACAACAGGAGAAGGACCUGAGAGAGGAGGAGGCCCGCCUGAUGCUGCAGCAGAAGGAGGUGCUGCUCCUGCAGGAGCAGAGGAAGCAGCAGCAGAAGCGGCAGGAGCAGAACCAGCACCGGCAGCAGCUGGACCGAGGACUCCGGAUGAAGAUGAGGAGGUUGGCUCGAGAGCAGCAGGAGGAGCUGCAGCUGGACAUGAAGAUCCUCCAGGAGGUGCUGGAGCAGCAAAAGGACGAGAAGCAGCACGCUGAGCAGAGGAAGGCGGAGCUGUGGGAGAGCCAGCAGAGGCAUCGGCAGUAUCUGUCUGAGGAGCUGCAGAGGAGGAGGAAGGAGGAGGAGGAAAUGGAGCAGCUGCUGGAGGAGAAGCUCAAUGAGGUUUGGACAAAGCGUGAGGAGAGGAGUCAUCUGGAGCGGAAGGCCAGAAACCAGCUGAUGGAGGAGGUGAUGGAGGCCCGGCGCCUCCAGAUCCAGAACAAAUUGGAUAGGAACCGGCAGAAGAAGGCGGAGCUUCAGAAAGAUUGGGAGGAGCUCAGUAGAGCCAUGGAGGAGUCAAAGAUGAAGGAUCAGGAGGAGAAGAAAAGCCGGAGGCAUGCGGCGGAGGCGUACCGGGCCGACCUGCGGGCUCAGAUGGCGGAGCAGCAGCUGCAGAGCGGCGUACGGAAAGCUCAGGAGAAGCAGGAGCAUCAGCAGGGUCUGAUCCAGGAGCAGAUCUACAACCGCACCAGAGACCGGAUUCUGGCAGAACCUGAGUCCCACAGAACCAACAUACAUCCGUUCAGAAAGGGGGCACGGAGCGAUUUAUUCCGUCUGUAAAUAAAAUCAUGAAGUUCUUCUGAA